AUGACUCGAAGCUCCCACCUCACCGGACGUACUCGAGACGCCCGCAAAGCCGCCGCCGCCUUCAAGGCCAGCGUCAAGUCGAAGAAUGUCAACAUGUCACAGCUUGUACCUAGCACCCGGCCCAUGAGAGGCCAAAAGGGUACACGGGUCUGCCGUCAUCGCCCGAGAGCCCUCCUCGAGUACUCUGGAUCCCCCACCUCCCAGUCCAAGCUUCCGGUCAAAGUAUCGAUCCGACGUGCACUCGACGAGGCAGUAAGGGAGACCCGCGGAACCGAGUCUUCCUCCGACGAGGAAGAGUUUGACCCAACCGUCACACCCGAGGAACCAGAGCUAUUCUACUCCUUCGACGCGCAUGUUAGUCCUGCCGAAGGUGGCCAUGUUCUCAGCGCCGCCGUCAUUCGAGCGGUAGACAAGUACGAGACCAAGCAGACCGAGAAACUCGCGCGAGAGUACGAGUUCAUCGGGGUGAUGGACUCCAACGACCUUGACGAGGGGUAUGGUGGCUACGACGAGGGGUUCGAGCUCAUCGAGCCUGUGAACUAUUAA